UAAUCCAACCCAACCCAAUAAUACAACUAUCUCAACCCAAUGCUUAUACUUUUGAUUAAAUAGAUUUGAACACCCAUAUCAUGGUUGCUUAUGUUUUUCUGUCCACACAAACGUGCGAUUGAUGGCAUUGGAAUAAUUAUUUGUUGGAUCCUUCAUUAUAUACAUCCAAAUUUCUUAAUUUCUAAAAUGGCAAAAAUUUAAGCUGAUACUAAAAAGAAAAAAUUAUGGAAACUCCUCUUCUUCUUCCUCCUUCUAUUCAACUGUCACUUCAUUCAAUUUCCUUCACUGCUUUCAUCGUCAUCCUCAUCUUCCUUCUCCAAAAAUGGCUACUCUCCUCUUCAAAAACCUCACCGCCAUCUCCACCAAAGCUUCCAAUCUUCGGCCAUCUUCUGGGCCUCGGCUCCCAUCCCCAUCUCACUCUGCUAAACUAUGCCCGCCGCCAUGGUCCUCUGUUUCUCCUCCGCCUCGGCUCUGUUCCCACCAUCGUCGUUUCUUCCGCCGAUCUCGCUCGAGAUAUCAUGAAAACCCACGAUCUCAUCUUCGCUAACCGACCCAAAUCAAGCAUGAACCAGAAACUUCUUUACAGCUCCAGAGACAUAGCUGCUUCUCCCUACGGCGAGUAUUGGCGGCAGAUGAAAAGCAUUUGCGUGCUUCAUCUCUUGAGCAACAAAAGGGUUCAAUCCUUCCGUUCUGUAAGAGAAGAAGAGGUUAAAUCGAUGAUUGAAAAGAUUCAACACAACCCAGUUUCUGUGAAUUUGACUGAAAUUUUCUCUGGUUUGACUAACGAUGUGAUUUGCAGAGUCUGUUUAGGGAGAAAAUACAGAGUGGGAGAAGAAGGGAUGAAGUUCAGAGGUCUUUUAAUGGAAUUUGUGGAAUUAUUGGGGAGUUUUAGCAUAAGAGAUUUUAUUCCUUGGCUGGGUUGGAUUGAUGGGAUUACUGGGAUGGAUUCUAAAGCAAACAGAGUAGCCAAAGAGCUGGAUGGUUUCUUUGACAGAGUGAUUGAAGAUCAUAUGAAUCCAGAAAACAGAGACCAGAAUUGUGAGGAGCACAAGGAUUUGGUAGAUGUUCUGCUUUGGAUACAGAGAGAAAACUCUCUUGGAUUUCCACUUGUGAUGGAUAGCAUCAAAGCUAUAAUCUUGGACAUGUUUGCAGCAGGCACAGACACGACUUACACAGUAUUGGAAUGGGCGAUGUCAGAAUUGUUGAAACAUCCAGAAACCAUGAAGAAACUGAAGAAUGAAAUCAGAGAAAUAAAAGGUGAUCACAAAAGAUGUUAUGUAAAUGAGAAUGAUUUAGAAAAAAUGGUUUAUUUAAAGGCAGUAAUCAAAGAGACGUUGCGACUGCACCCACCCAUCCCACUUCUCGUUCCUAGAGAAUCAAUCAGACCCAUAAAGUUAAGAGGGUAUGACAUCAAUCCUGGAACUCGAGUUAUAAUCAAUGCAUGGGCGAUCGGGAGAGACCCAAAACUAUGGGGAGAAGCAGAGGAGUUUAGGCCAGAAAGGUUUAUGAACAAUUCAAUAGAUUUCAAGGGUCAGGAUUUCGAGUUGAUCCCAUUUGGUGCAGGGAGAAGAGGAUGUCCUGGGAUUGUGUUUGCAACUGCAAUUAAUGAGAUAGCUUUAGCAAAUUUGGUGCAUAAGUUUGAUUGGAUGGUUCCAAAUGGUGAGGGUUUGGACAUGACAGGAGCGUUUGGGUUGACCAUUCAUAGGAAUUUUCCACUGGUGGCUACAGCAACUCCUUGUUAGAGGAACACACACCAAAAUUUUUAGUUGAGUUGCAAAUUUGGUCUUGUAAUUUAAAGAAAGUUAGAAUUUCGUCCAUAUAUUUUAUAAUUAUAGUUUUGUUCUUGUGUUUUUGUAUUAAAAAAAUUCUCGUAAAUAGAUGCUACAGUAGAAAAUAUUAAUGGAAAGUUUAUCAAA